AUGGAUCUUCAGAGUUUGGCAAUGAUUCUUCAUGGCGCGCUCAGUCCUAAUCCUGAUGAACGCAAAGCUGCUGAAACCAGUCUGAAUCAAUACCAAUAUACACCUCAGCAUUUGGUAAGGCUGUUGCAAAUCAUUGUGGACGAGAACUGUGACAAGGCUGUAAGACAAGUGGCGAGUAUUCACUUCAAGAACUUUAUUGCAAAGAACUGGGACCCGCUUGAUGGUGAGCAAUCAAGGAUAUUGCCUGGUGAUAAAGAUGUGGUGAGGGAGAAUAUUCUUAAUUUUAUUGCCCAAGUUCCGCAGAUGUUAAGAGUACAGCUAGCUGAGUGCUUGAAGACUAUAAUUCAUGCUGAUUACCCUGAGCAGUGGCCCGGGCUUUUGCAGUGGGUCAGAGCCAAUUUGCAAAAUCAGCAAGUGUUUGGGGCCCUAUAUGUGCUAAGGAUUCUAGCUCGGAAAUAUGAGUUCAAAUGUGAUGAGGAGAGAGUGCCGGUUCACCAUAUUGUUGAAGAAACAUUUCCACCCCUUAUUAAUAUUUUCAGCAGUCUUGUUCAGAUACCAAAUCCUUCCAUUGAAGUAGCUGAUUUGAUCAAGCUUAUAUGCAAGAUAUUUUGGUCCUGUAUAUAUUUGGAGAUCCCGAAACAGUUAUUUGACCCAAACGUGUUCAAUGCCUGGAUGGUUCUUUUUUUAACUAUUCUGGAAAGACCUGUCCCGAUAGAAGGCCAACCUAUUGACCCAGAUAUGCGUAAAUCAUGGGGCUGGUGGAAAGUCAAGAAAUGGACGGUUCACAUUCUUAACCGGCUCUACACCAGAUUUGGGGAUUUGAAACUUCAAAAUCCAGACAACAGAGCUUUUGCCCAAAUGUUUCAGAAGAAUUAUGCUGGAAAAAUCUUAGAAUGCCAUCUGAACUUACUGAAUGCAGUCAGGGUUGGUGGCUAUUUACCAGACCGCGUGAUUAACCUUAUUUUACAGUACUUGAGCAACAGUGUUUCGAAGAGCAAUAUGUACAACCUUCUCCAACCAAGGCUUGAUGUGAUUUUGUAUGAGAUUAUUUUCCCACUUAUGUGCUUCAGUGACAAUGAUCAAAAGCUUUGGGAUGAAGAUCCUCAUGAGUAUGUUAGGAAGGGAUAUGAUAUAAUUGAGGAUUUAUAUAGUCCAAGAACUGCUGCAAUGGAUUUUGUCAGUGAGUUGGUGAGAAAGCGUGGCAAAGAAAACCUUCCGAAAUUCAUUCUCUUCAUUGUUGAGAUUUUUAAAAGGUAUGAUGAGUCUGCUCCAGAAUAUAAGCCUUAUCGGCAGAAAGAUGGUGCUCUUCUUGCGAUUGGCACCCUCUGUGAUAAACUUAAACAGACUGGACCUUACAAGUCUGAGCUUGAGCGUAUGCUUGUACAACAUGUUUUCCCCGAGUUUCGUAGUCCCAUGGGUCAUCUCAGAGCUAAGGCAGCUUGGGUUGCUGGACAAUAUGCUCAUAUUAACUUCUCCGACCCCAAUAAUUUCCGGAAUGCAUUGCACAGUGUUGUUGCCGGAAUGCGGGAUCCUGAACUCCCAGUUCGUGUUGAUUCGGUUUUUGCAUUGCGUUCUUUUGUGGAAGCCUGUAAAGAAUUAGAUGAAAUUCGGUCAAUUCUUCCCCAGCUACUUGAUGAGUUUUUCAAACUCAUGAAUGAAGUCGAGAAUGAAGAUCUUGUGUUUACACUAGAGACUAUUGUAGACAAGUUUGGAGAGGAGAUGGCUCCCUAUGCUCUUGGAUUGUGUCAGAAUUUGGCUGCCACAUUUUGGAAGUGUCUCAAUUCUUCUGAAGCAGAUGAGGAAGGUGAUGACCCAGGCGCAUUGGCUGCAGUUGGUUGUUUGCGAGCUAUAAGCACAAUUCUUGAGUCGGUUAGCAGCCUACCUCAUCUCUUCGUGCAGAUUGAGCCAACACUACUCCCAAUAAUGCGCAGGAUGUUGACUUCUGACGGACAAGAGGUCUAUGAAGAGAUACUUGAAAUUGUCUCAUAUAUGACGUUUUUCUCUCCAACCAUAUCACUGGAAAUGUGGAGCCUAUGGCCAUUAAUGAUAGAAGCACUGGCUGAUUGGGCCAUUGAUUUCUUCCCAAAUAUAUUGGUUCCCCUGGACAACUACAUAUCUAGGAGUACUCCGCAUUUCCUCAACUGUAAGGAACCGGAUUAUCAACAGAGCCUCUGGCAUAUGAUUUCAUCUAUUAUGAGGGACAAAAAUUUGGAGGAUGGUGAUAUUGAGCCGGCACCUAAGCUCAUCCAAGUAGUGUUCCAAAACUGCAGAGGUCAGGUAGACCACUGGGUUGAACCCUAUAUUGGCGUUGCGGUUGAGCGCCUACGCCGAACAGAGAAACCUUAUUUAAAGUGCCUGCUGAUUGAAGUGAUUGCUGAUGCUCUCUACUACAAUGCUUCCUUUACACUCAACAUACUGCAAAGGCUUGGUGUUACGACAGAUAUAUUCACCCUUUGGUUCCAGAUGCUACAGCAAAAGAAAAAGAGUGGAGCUCGAGCUAAUUUCAAAAGGGAUCAUGAUAAGAAAGUAUGCUGCUUGGGAUUAACAUCUUUGCUUCCUCUUCCUGCUGAUCAAUUGCCUCCGGAGGCAUUAGACCGUAUCUUCAAGGCAACCCUUGAAUUGCUUGCCGCCUACAAGGAACAACUAGAAGAGGCAGAAAAGGAGCAAGAGGUCGAAGAUAUCGAUGGUAUGGAUGGUAUACCAACAGAUGAUGAGGAUGAUGAGGGUGAUGGAUCGGGUAUGGAUGAUGAGGAUGGAGAUGAAGCUAAUAGUGCUAAACUUCAGAAAAUGGCAGCACAGGCUAAGGCCUUCCGUCUGAAUGAUGAGGAGGAUGACGACUCAGAUGAUGAUUUCAGUGAUGAUGAAGAAUUACAAUCACCAAUUGACGAUGUAGACCCGUUUGUCUUCUUUGUUGAUAAUAUAAAAGUUUUGCAAGCAUCUGAUCCACUGAGGUUCCAAAACCUCACUCAGACGCUUGAUUUUCAUUACCAAGCACUGGCAAAUGGUGUUGCUAAGCAUGCUGAGCAGAGAAGAAUUGAAAUUGAGAAGGAAAAAUUGGAGAAAGCAUCUUCAGGUGACGUGGCUGCCUCAUGA